CCGGCGACCGUAUCGCCAUACCGGUUGGAUGAAGCGCAGGCCCUAAAAGCUGCCCGAGCACUCCUAAAGCACAUCUCGACCGCGCCCGCCGACGAGAACACCAAACCCAACCUUCUGGAAGACCCCGAAAACCCCGCCGACUCGGCCGUGCCGCUGUGGCUACAGCUCAACACGAAAAAGUACAUGACCGACACCCGGAAGCUGAAACCCCUGCGGAUUGCGAUCCCGCACGCGCUGCUCAACCCGACCACAACGACCGUCUGCCUGAUCGUCAAGGACCCCCAGCGGCACUUCAAGGACCUAGUUGCGAGCGCGGGGCUCUCCAACGUAGUCACGAAAGUAAUCGGCGUGGGCAAGCUGCAGAAGAAAUACAAAGCCUUCGAGAACCGACGACAGCUGCUCGACAGCCACGACGUAUUCCUUGCCGACGACCGGAUCAUCACGAUGCUCCCCGCGACGCUCGGCAAGCCGUUCUAUCGGCAGACGUCGAAGAUCCCGCUGCCGGUGACACUCGCGGCCGGCAACGACUCGCCCGCCUACCUCAAGACGCAGGUCGAGAAGGUGCUCAAGAGCACGUACGCGCACCUGUCCCCCUCGGCCACCACCGCCGUCCGCAUCGCCCUCUCGAGCAUGACCCCCGAGCAGGUGGUCGAGAACAUUGUCCGCGUCGUCGACGACCUCACCAGCAAGAAGGUCCCCGGCGGUUGGAAGAACGUCAAGAGUCUGCACAUCAAGUCGCCCAACAGCGCCAGCUUGCCCAUCUACAUGGCCGCGGACGUGUACGGCGAGGAGGACGUGUUGACGCCCGAUGAGCAGCAGGAGCGCGCGCUCGCGCUGGCGAAUAAGGCUGCGGAUAGGAAGGAGAAGAAGGAGACGAGGAGUGCGAAGAGGAAG